AUGCCCUUUGGAGAAGCUCUACAGCAGAUGUCGCUCUAUGCUAAAUUUCUAAAAGAUAUGCUAACUAAGAAGAACAAGUAUAUUCAUAGUGACACCAUAGUCGUGGAGGGAAACUACAGCGCUGUAAUUCAACGUAUCCUUCCACCAAAACAUAAGGAUCCAAGCAGUAUCACUAUACCUUGUUCUAUAGGUGAAGUUUCAGUAGGCAAGGUUCUUAUUGAUUUAGGAGCCAAUAUUAAUUUGAUGUCGCUUUCCAUGUGCCAGAAACGUGGGGAGCUGGAGAUAAUGCAUACGAGGAUGACUUUACAGUUAGCAGAUCGCUCUGUCUCCAGACCCUAUGGAGUGAUUGAAGAUGUUCUGGUUCGAUUAAAACAUCUUAUUUUUCCUGUUGAUUUUGUUGUAAUGGACAUUGAGGAAGAUGCAGAUAUUCCUAUCAUUUUGGGACGUCCAUUUAUGUCUACUGCAAGAUGUGUAGUAGACAUGGGAAAGAAAAAGCUGGAGUUAGGCAUUGAUAAUCAGAAAAUCAGCUUCGAGUUGUUUGAUGAAGAAAAACAUUUGUCGGACCAAAAUGUUUGCUUACAGGUGAAGGAGUUUGAUGAGAAGGUUAUGAAGGAGAGAACCAAGAUUGGUCUAGGAUAA